AUGCAGGCACGCUGCCAAUUACAGCGGAGACCUACUUUCUUACCUUCGAACUUUUACUUCCUGCGGGCCAGGCAAGGCGGCCGGUCGCACCACGCAACAAAUUACGAAAGUGGCGCGAAAUGCUCGACGGCCGACAUUCGCACGCUUGCGCCACCAUGUUUAUGGAAAAUUAAAAUUAAUAACACCACAUUAGUUAAUUGGAGAGUGGAGACCAGUUUGAGAGCUGGCAACAGGUUGUAUAUUAUAGAUGUCCGAACGCAAGCAGCCGGCCGGCUAAAACGGUUAAUAGUGCUUUCA